AUGAUUGUAUCACACACCAGUGGUUGGGCAAGCAACGAUGAUGUCUAUGUACAAGCCUACGAUAUAGCAGAAUUAAUGAACCGAACAUUCUCAGAUUUUCUUGCACCAGAAGGUACAAAUACUUUUGAGUCCCAAUGUCAUUAUGCUUUUCCAUUAUCGGGUACACUUGGCUAUUAUUCAAAUUUUGUUUAUAUGGGUGAUAGGUACAUUAAUCCAAGUUUAGACAAUUCUGAAUAUUUUUGGGCACCAAUCAAAGUGACUAACUCUGGAGUUUCAUUAAUGGAUGCCCAUACAUGGAAGUACAAAAAUAAAGAGUUUACCACUGACGGAAGCUGGAAUCAUACAACCUAG